UUUUGUAUCUAUAUCAGUUCCUGUCCUCUGUUCCUUUUAGCGUGGGACGGGCCUUAUUUUUCAUUAAAUUCAAAAACGUGGCAAGACUCAAGAGUGGCUGUAUAGUAUCAAGACAACAAUUUAUAAAUCAUAACAAUGAAGAGUUAAGUACAUGACUUAAUGCCGAUAAGUUUUUCUUCUUUCCUGGAUAAAUCUUAAAAAAGAAUAUAAGAAAGAAAAUUUGUGAUAAAUAAAUAAAUCACAUUUAAAAGAAUAAGCAAAAGUAUAUGAAGAGAACAGAAAAGAAAAUACUACUACACACGUAGUACUAUAAAUAGGAUUGCAGCAUUUUUUUUUACUAUACAAUAUAACAAUAUAUAAAUAAAAAAUAUAUAUUUUUAUUUAAAUAUGGGUGCGUUAGCUGUUGUCAGCAAAUUUAGGCAAGAGUAUAUGAAAUCAGUGCCAACAAAAAUUAAAAUUAUAGAUUCAUACUUAUUAUAUAUUUUUAUUACUGGUGUGUAUCAAUUCAUAUACUGUGGUUUAGUUGGCACAUUUCCAUUCAAUAGUUUUCUCAGUGGAUUUGUUUCUAGUGUUUCAUGUUUUGUUUUAGCAGUUUGUCUUCGUCUUCAAGUUAAUCCAGUUAAUUCAUCUCAUUUUAAUGGAAUAAGCCCAGAAAGAGGAUUCGCAGACUUUUUGUUUGCCCAUAUUAUUCUUCAUCUUGUCAUAAUGAACUUCAUUGGAUAAGCAUUUUUUAAGAAUCGCAAUAAAAAGUUAUUGAACCAAAACGCUUAUUUUUAUCUUAUAAGCUUAUAAUAAUUAAUAAAAAUUUCUGUUAUUUGCAUUCAUUGAUGUAAUAUUAAUAGAUAACAAGCAACGGUAA